CAGGGGUGGACUGACCAUAGGAGCACUUGGGCACUGCCCGAGGGCCCGGGUCAGUAGGGGGCCCCAUGAGAUGCCCCUGGUACCUUUCAAUGGCUUUUUCAUAGGCUUUUUUGGGUGUGGACGAGGACACAGGGGCCCCAUGAUCCCCUAUUGCCCGGGGGCCCCAUGAGUUGUCAGUCCGCCCCUGGGCGGACUGACCAUUCAGACACCCGGGCAUUGCCCGACGGCCCGGGUGUCAGUAGGGGGCCCCAUGAGAUGCCCCUGGUACAUUUCAUUGGCUUUUUUAUAGGCUUUUUUGGGUGUUGGUGAGGACACAGGGGCCCCAUGAUCCCCUAUUGCCCGGGGGCCCCAU